UCACAUGACCUCUCCUCUCUCUGUCCUGGUUACUUUAACAGCGCCGUGAAUGAGCUGUUUUUUUAUGUUUUUUGUGUAUUUAACAAUGAAACAACAAUCUUAAAUGUUGUUGUGUGUAAAGAACAGACGUCGCGCUGUUAUAUGUGGGAUUAUAAUUAACCUGGACGCGUGAUAACAGAGCCGCAGAACAUCAUCUGACCAGAGCUGACAGUACUGAUAUAUAUCAACUCAGAUGUCAUUUUGUCUUUGAAAAUGAAGACUGACAUGGCUUACAACCAGCUGGUGGACGUGGAGAGGAGGAGACAAGAAUCCAACAGGAAAGCACAGCUGUAUUCCAGAUGUGUGAUAGCUCUGGCCACUGUGUCUACUAUGUUGCUGGCCGCCACGGCCCUCUACAUCCUCCUGACACCGAGGGUUUCCUCCUCCCAUCCUGCCCCGAGCAGCAGCGUCCGUCGGCCCCAGGCCGAGUCCUGCUCAGACCCCUGCAAGAUCGUUCUGGUGGAGAGCAUCCCUGAAGGGCUGGAGUUUAAUUCCAGCACCACUCACCCCUCCAUCUUCCAUACCUGGCUCAACCUAAUGGGCGAGGCUCACAGCAGUAUCGACAUCGCCUCCUUCUAUUGGACGCUCACUAACAAAGACACUGGCACUCAUGAGCCGACAGCCAAUCAGGGUGAGACCAUCCUGAAGACACUAGCUGAGCUUUCAGGGAAGGUGUCUGUUCGUAUCGCAGUCAACACACCACAGGAGAGUCAACCGCAAGACGACCUCAGACUGCUCAGAGACUCAGGAGCUGAUAUCAGGACAGUUAACAUGAGAGAGCUCACCUCAGGUGUCCUCCACACAAAGUUCUGGGUUGUGGACAAGAAACACAUUUACAUUGGCAGUGCCAACAUGGACUGGAGAUCCCUCACACAGGUGAAGGAGCUGGGCGCAGUGGUCUACAACUGCAGCUGCUUGGCUGCAGACCUGGGUAAGAUCUUUGAAGCCUAUUGGUUCCUAGGGGACAGUCAGUCAAUCCCAUCACCUUGGCCCACCAGCUUCUCCACCCUCUACAACAAGGACACGCCACUCCAGCUGCCACUCAACAACACACCGUCCAACGUCUACCUGUCGAGUUCCCCUCCGUCCUUCUGUGCAGCCGGCAGGACUCCAGACCUUCAGUCCAUCCUCAGUGUGAUGGAGGACGCCCAGAGCUUCAUCUACAUUGCUGUCAUGAACUACCUGCCCACCAUGGAGUUUUCACAUCCUAAAAGGUACUGGGCAGACAUCGACACCCAGCUGAGGCGAGUGGGGUAUGAGAAGCGGAUCAAAGUGCGCCUGCUGAUCAGCUGUUGGGCCAGCACCCAACCGGUCAUGUUUCCCUUCCUGAAGUCUCUGGCCUCCGUUUACGACCCCAAGAGCAAACUGGAUAUCCAGGUGAGGCUGUUUGUGGUGCCUGCCAGCCCCAAGCAGAAGGAGAUUCCCUUCGCCAGAGUCAACCACAACAAGUACAUGGUGACUGACAAGAUAGCCUACAUAGGUACAUCUAACUGGUCAGGUGACUACUUUGUGAGCACAGCUGGCUCAGCAUUGGUUGUCAACCAGACUGCGUCACAGUCCCUGGAGCCAACCGUCCAAUCACAGCUGAAGGCUGUGUUUGAGAGGGACUGGAACUCUGACUACAGCACCCCUCUCACCCAGCAUUCAAACGUCAAAGACUUGUGUUAGUUUCAACAGACAAUAUUACAAAUAUCAUAUCAGUCUACAUCAGUGUACCUCAGGUGGUCUGUUCAAUACAUAUUGCAGUGCUAUAUUUGCACAAUUAUUUUAGUAUUCAAGUUGUUGUGCAUUUUGCACUAGUCAGCUGAAACAAUUGUUCACACUGUGAACACGAAAACUCAGACGACCUCUCAGCAGAGCAGAGUUUCCCUGUUGGCUAAGGUCCAAAGGAAAAUCCUGGCUUAUCACAGCUUUAGUGGCAACUCCUAUUUGACCAGAGAGUGAGUGAAGAGGAUGCAGAGGACAGGGUUAGAUGGAGGCACAUGAUUCGCUGUGGCAACCCCUGAAAGGGAACAGCUGAAAAGGAAAAGGAAGGAGGAGAAAUGUGCCAUCAAACCAGUAGACUGCCCUGUACCAGUCUUACCCUGUCAUGGCUUGUUCAAGGGUGUCUGAUUUUUAUUUUAUUUUUUUUAAGGCAAGAAUUACUUUGCAUCUCUUUGCUGUUUCUAUCAAAGCUGACCUGGGUUUCAAACUACAUAAGCCAGAUAAAAUGUUAGUUACUCUGCACUAACAUCAGACCAGUGCAAAACACGUCAGCAGUCAGAAUGCACUGCGACAUGUCACCAGUAUUGACAAACCAUGAACAGGCAGUUGUGUCUUUUUUAAAAACCUCCAGCAGACAUGCACAAUAAACUUGAAUUCAUAUAAUCAUGUGGUUUCUGUCAUGUAGAGCCAGUAUCAGUAGGGGGCACUGUUUCAGCUUUCCAGUCAGGUCAGUUUCAUGCUGAAGCACAAUGAUGUUUUAACCGGCUCCCAUAGUCACCCAUGUUAAGUGAUCUAAUCAUUGAUCACUAGAAAGUGAUCAAUGAUCAGUCACAAUGCCUUUCCUUUAUACAACUUCAGCCUCAAUGGGACUUUUUUAUCCCAGCUCAUCUCAGGAAGUAAAGUUUGAGUGUUUUCUUAAAUGAUCAUUUUAGUUUUUUAAUGCUCAAACUGGUGUGCUGUGCCUGUAUUGUAAAUAAGAUAAGGCUUUUUAAAUUCCACUCUCAGUCUUCAGGACUGUUUUUAAAGUAAAUGGAUGUAAUACUAAAGUCAGCAGUGCAUUCGAUAGAUUAAGAGUUUGCAGCAGCAGUAAAUAAGGAUGAACUAAUUUAAUUUCCACUGUGUGGAGUGAUUGAAACUACAAAUUAGUGAAGAGAUGGUUGUUGUGGCAACUGUCCAAAGAAGCGUGUUUACUAGUAGCAACAUGCUUAUAAAAAAGCUGUGGGGCAGUUAUUGUGUGUCAUUAUCUCCUUCCUCUUUAUAAAGAAAUUACUCUCAAUAAAUGUCUUUGAAUCAA